CUAAUCCGCACACCCGCGCCCGCUAGAUGGCUCCACUCUCAAGCAGCGAGAGAGAAGAAAAAUCAAUAGAAAUUUUCAUUUUAGUGAAUUGCUCUGCGCUCGGAAAUAGUUAGCAAUCAAAUUAGCGGCGAAGCAGCGCGGCGAAAUCGCCAGCCAGUUGGAGUUAUAUAAAGUGCAGCACUCAGACCAAACAUUCCGCGGCCAACACCCCGUAUUCCUGAUUCCGGAUUGCGAUUCCAAGCGAUUCCAAGCGAAGCCAAUUCCAAAACUCUCUCAGAAAUUCCGCAACGCUCAACGAUUUUGUCCGCUGUAACCGAGCAUCGAACAAAUCGGAAAUCGGAGAAAUCGCAAAGAGCGUCGAAGAGAGUGAUCCAGAAGCAGAGAAAUAUAGACAGACAGAGCGGAAAGCAACUACUAUAUCUUUCUCCGGAUCCGACGUCGAGUUCGAGCGAUAAGAACGCCUCGAGUCUCGGCCGCCUUCGAUCGACGAUUUUCUUGCGCCCCCAGUUUGCAUAAAACCAGCGAAAAUUAACAAGCUAACUACCAUGGCGCCGGUGCGGGGGGAUGGCAUGAGAGGCCUGGCCGUCUUUAUAUCGGAUAUAAGGAACUGUAAAAGCAAAGAGGCGGAGGUCAAACGCAUAAACAAGGAGUUGGCCAAUAUCCGGAGCAAAUUCAAAGGAGACAAAACCCUCGACGGCUAUCAGAAGAAGAAAUAUGUAUGCAAGCUGCUUUUCAUCUUUCUCCUCGGCCAUGACAUCGACUUUGGCCACAUGGAGGCGGUCAAUCUGCUGUCCUCCAACAAAUACUCAGAGAAGCAGAUCGGCUACCUGUUCAUCUCGGUGCUGGUGAACACGAAUAGCGACCUCAUCCGGUUGAUCAUCCAGUCGAUCAAGAAUGAUUUGCAGUCGCGCAAUCCUGUGCACGUUAACCUGGCGCUGCAGUGCAUCGCCAACAUCGGCAGCCGGGACAUGGCCGAGUCGUUCUCUAACGAGAUACCCAAGCUACUCGUCUCGGGCGACACCAUGGACGUGGUGAAGCAGUCGGCGGCGCUGUGCCUGCUCCGCCUGUUCCGCUCCUCGCCGGACAUCAUUCCCGGCGGCGAGUGGACCUCGCGCAUCAUCCAUUUGCUCAAUGAUCAGCACAUGGGAGUAGUCACAGCGGCCACCUCGCUGAUCGACGCCCUGGUGAAGCGCAAUCCGGACGAGUACAAGGGUUGUGUCAACUUGGCCGUUUCACGCUUGUCCCGGAUCGUGACAGCCAGCUACACGGAUCUUCAGGACUACACUUACUACUUUGUGCCGGCUCCAUGGCUCUCCGUGAAGCUUCUUCGACUGCUGCAGAACUACAAUCCGGUGACCGAGGAGGCGGGCGUGCGGGCUCGACUGAACGAGACCCUGGAGACGAUUCUGAACAAGGCGCAAGAGCCGCCGAAAAGCAAGAAGGUGCAGCACUCGAACGCCAAGAACGCCGUGCUCUUCGAGGCCAUAAAUCUGAUAAUUCACAGCGACAGCGAGCCGAACCUUCUGGUGCGCGCCUGUAACCAGUUGGGCCAGUUCCUCAGCAACCGGGAGACCAACUUGCGCUACUUGGCUCUGGAGUCCAUGUGCCACCUGGCCACGUCGGAGUUCUCGCACGAGGAGGUCAAGAAGCACCAGGAGGUGGUCAUACUCUCGAUGAAAAUGGAGAAGGAUGUUUCCGUGCGUCAAAUGGCGGUGGACCUUUUAUACGCCAUGUGCGAUCGCGGCAAUGCCGAGGAGAUUGUUCAGGAGAUGCUCAACUAUCUGGAGACGGCCGACUAUUCGAUUCGCGAGGAGAUGGUGCUCAAGGUGGCCAUUCUGGCCGAGAAGUACGCCACGGACUAUACCUGGUAUGUGGAUGUGAUACUCAAUCUUAUCCGCAUUGCCGGCGAUUACGUGUCCGAGGAAGUGUGGUACCGCGUUAUUCAGAUCGUUAUCAACCGCGAGGAGGUGCAGGGCUAUGCAGCCAAGACCGUUUUUGAGGCGCUCCAGGCGCCCGCCUGCCACGAGAACAUGGUCAAAGUGGGCGGCUACAUUUUGGGCGAGUUCGGUAACUUGAUUGCCGGCGAUUCUCGAUCCGCACCACUGGUGCAAUUCAAGCUGCUGCACUCCAAGUACCAUCUGUGCUCGCCAAUGACGCGGGCCCUGCUGCUUUCCACGUACAUCAAGUUCAUCAACCUGUUCCCGGAGAUUCGCACCAAUAUCCAGGAUGUGUUCCGCCAGCACAGCAAUCUUCGGUCCGCUGAUGCGGAAUUGCAGCAGCGAGCCAGCGAAUAUCUGCAGCUCAGCAUUGUGGCAUCGACCGACGUGUUGGCCACCGUCCUGGAGGAGAUGCCAUCGUUCCCGGAGCGUGAGAGCUCCAUUCUGGCAGUGCUGAAGAAGAAGAAGCCCGGCCGGGUGCCGGAGAACGAGAUCCGGGAGUCGAAGAGCCCGGCUCCGCUGUCUUCUGUAACGCAGAACAAUGCCCACGUGAACAACUCGCACAGCAAGCUGAACAACAGCAACGCGAACACGGAUCUCCUGGGCUUGAGUACACCGCCAUCGAAUAAUAUUGGCGGUGGCAGCAAUAGCAAUAGCACGCUCAUCGAUGUUUUGGGCGAUAUGUACAGCAGCAACAACAACUCGAGUGCCGUGUACAACACCAAGAAGUUCUUGUUCAAGAACAAUGGAGUUCUUUUCGAAAACGAGAUGCUGCAGAUCGGUGUGAAGAGCGAGUUCCGUCAGAAUCUGGGACGAUUGGGCCUGUUUUAUGGUAACAAGACGCAGGUUCCCCUGACUAACUUUAAUCCCGUGCUGCAAUGGUCCGCCGAGGAUGCGCUCAAGCUGAACGUGCAGAUGAAGGCGGUGGAGCCGACCCUGGAGGCCGGCGCCCAGAUCCAACAACUCCUCACUGCAGAGUGCAUCGAGGAUUACGCCGAUGCGCCAACCAUCGAGAUCAGUUUCCGCUACAACGGCACCCAGCAGAAGUUUAGCAUCAAACUGCCAUUGACCGUGAACAAGUUCUUUGAGCCAACCGAAAUGAAUGCCGAAUCCUUCUUUGCGCGAUGGAAGAAUCUUAGCGGGGAACAACAACGGUCACAGAAAGUGUUCAAGGCAGCCCAGCCACUGGAUUUGGCCGGAGCUCGCAACAAGCUGAUGGGCUUCGGCAUGCAGCUGCUGGACCAGGUCGAUCCCAAUCCAGACAACAUGGUCUGUGCGGGCAUCAUCCACACGCAAUCCCAGCAGGUGGGCUGCCUGAUGCGAUUGGAGCCGAAUAAGCAGGCUCAGAUGUUCCGAUUGACAGUUCGGGCCAGCAAGGAGACCGUGACCAGGGAGAUCUGCGACCUACUGGCGGAUCAGUUCUAAGCCACAACAAUCAUGGACGGGGAGGGGUCGAGAUGGAGCUACGAAGCCACGGCAACCACUUUACAAUGCACAAUCCCAAUCACCUAUAGAAAUAUCAAAGCAAAGUGUUUAGUAAUGCCAGCCACUCCUACUCUCUUCAUACGUACCUUUUAUCUUCUCCAGCAGCACGUUGCGGAGUGAGCUUUUUGUCCACUUUUCACUUUCCCGUUUCGUAUUGAUUUGAAUAUUAUUUUUGUAAACCUUUCCCUUCCCCACCUUCACUCCCCCACAUCCUAAUCACCCGAAUCCGUAUCAGAAUUCUUUGUAAAUGUUAAGCUCAAAAAGUUCAUAGUAGAGAAACGAGAGAACAUAAUUAGAUUAUGUUAAUAUGUAUGACAAAUUAUAUAUUGUUGCAUCAUUUCGAGGCAGUAGCAAUUGGAUAUUAUAUACCUAUACACAGAUAUACAUUCAUACAAACCACAUACAUAUACCUAGUAUAUACGUCGUUGUAAUAAAAACAGAAAACAAUUUAAAACAAAAAAGAUAUGCUUGCAAGGAAAUUAUUAAGAUGCAGGCAAAUGACAAAUAUGCAAAUCGUUAUCUAAAUAUUUAUACACAUAUUGAUUAUUGCAAUUGCAUCAAAACGAAAUUCAUGUUUAGUGUUUUUGAGUGUGAAGAUUUGAUGAUGAGGCCGCAGCAGCAGAAAUCUCAUUAAAUAAUAGACAAAUAAUUAAAGAUGAUCAAACAAAAACUCCCCUUGAUUAUUCACUGUUGAGCAACUGAAAAUUUAUCGAAAACCGAAGAGAAGAGAAGUCAAAUUUAGAGGAAACAAAAGCAAACAUUCAAAAUAUUAUUAUACUUAUAGCAGAAUUUUUCAAUUGAUCCUGUGUAUUAUUUUGUUUUGUAUGUGUAUCAUAGAUAAACUGAAGAGAACUACAUGUUGUGCCGCUUCCUGGGAAGGAAAGCGAUUUUUAUAGCACCAAGUAUUAACUUAUCCGAUGCAGUAGCAAGCCAUGAAUCUGCUGAUAAUCCCUUCAAUCGCGACGCGGCAGCCGAAGAACAAAGAAUUGUAAACUAAAAUAUACAUUAUAUACAUAGAUACUAAUACUGAAUACCGAUAAUGGAAAUUCUCAUCGUAUACUUAUUACCAAUUAACUCUCAAUCCUUUCGUAUCAACCAAUGUGCAUGUUAGUUGGAAGUGGGAAGCGGGAAGCCUUUCCAAAGUGCAAUAGUUAAAUGUUACAAAAUUCGACAAAAAUUCCAUUCAACACUCACAGACAAAACAAAAGCGACUACAAACAGCAACAAGAACAUAAACCACAACUACAUAUAGCAAAUGCAGGAAUUUAACUGUAAACGUAAACAAAUAUGUAUUUAAAUAAAUAAAUAAAUAUAAAUUGAAA